AUGAACUUAAGGAAGCACCUUCUAGUAUUGGGCCUAAUUAUAUUUGCUUCAGCUACUUCAGAUUUUGUUACUCCUGUUCUGUUAUACUCGGAGAAGCUAUCCGCUGGAUUGUUGCAUUACCAAGAUGAGUACGACGUGAAUGGACAACUCUCGCAGGAGGCGUUUUUGGGAGUUGCAAGAGAAAUGAUCGGGAAGUGUCAAUCUGACGCAUAUGUAUUCGUCAAUGUCCCAGGACUCAUCGCAUCAGACUUUGUUGACUACAGAAACGAAAUGAUGGCGUUGGCUCGCUAUGUGAAGCUCAGCUCGACGGCAUUGCGGUUUGAAACAGUGACGCUUCCUGAGGAAGAGAGCGAUUUGAUAGAAAACUUCGCGCAGAUGGCAUCGGGCAUCUGUGGUAUCGAAGACCUGAUAAACUUGAACCACGAAGACAUAGAAGGGUGGACAGCGUACGUUGAUUCCCGACCAAGAAUAAUCACUAUCAAUCUUGCAGAAUUGCCCGCGAACUCUACCUCAGACAACGCAACUCGAAGAGAAAUAAUUGAGGAAAACGACAAGAACUUGCGGGAAGUUCUGGCGCAGAUUCCUUCUCCGUCACACACCGUUAUUGUUACAUCCACCGUGGGCAAGCGUUUGCUCAAGAAACAAGACGGCGUUCAUGCCAGGAUUUUUGAUGACAUUUUUGAAGACGCUUCGAAACAAGACGACGUGGAAAGAAACAAUCGUGUUCUUCCGAUUGAACCAUAUUUUGGACAAACUCGUCCAAAGUUUGAGGAGCCGUCGAGUCCCUUUCUGGGCGUCUUUGACAAACAGUUUUACCAAGAGUACAAGAGCACUGUUGACCUUAUUAUCAUGGCAACUCUAGGUUUCUGCUCGUUACAAAUCCUACUCUGGUACCAAAGUGCACAUAUUGGUGGGCCACAACCCGCAAAGAAGCAGAGUAAAAAUGCCUAUCAAGAGUCUCUUCAGAAGGGGCCCUCUACUAAGAAAUCCGAAGUUACGGCUAAGCUUACUUCUGUUAUCCAACAGAGACAGGUCACUGUUCUGGCUGGAAAACAGAACCCAGAGCAUCAUCUAGAGCCAAUUUCAGAACAGAGUUAA